AUGGUUUUCUCUGUUUUUAAGACUAUAAAUUACCAUAGUGGUGUAAAGGGGAUAGAUGGUGUGCUUAAUACAGUAAUGGCAGGAACCAUCAUGGCUGUUACUAAAAUUCUUGGUGUUUUCUUCAUUUCAUCUCAAGAGUUCCUGUCCAAUGCAUAUGUUUUGGCAGUACUCUUGUUUUUUGCCCUACUGUUGCAAAGGACGUUUCUCCAAGCAUCAUACUAUGUUGCUAUUGAAACGGGAAUCAACUUGAGAGGUGCAAUACAGACAAAAAUAUACAAUAAGAUUAUGCAGCUUUCAACUUCUAACAUGUCUAUGGGGGAGAUGACUGCAGGCCAGAUCUGUAAUUUGGUUGCCAUAGACACAAACCAGUUGAUGUGGUUCUUUUUCCUCUGCCCUAACCUUUGGGCUAUGCCAGUACAGAUAAUUGUAGGAGUUCUUCUCCUUUACUACCUUCUAGGAAUCAGUGCCUUAAUUGGAGCAGCAGUAAUCAUAGUACUUGCACCUGUUCAGUACUUCGUAGCAACAAAACUCUCGCAGGCCCAGAGAAGCACAUUGGAGUACUCCAAUGAGAGACUGAAGAAGACAAAUGAGAUGCUUCGAGGCAUUAAGCUCCUUAAACUCUAUGCUUGGGAACACAUCUUUCACAGCAGUGUGGAGGAAACCAGACAAAAAGAAAUGACUAGCCUCAAGUCUUUUGCCCUUUAUACCUCCAUAUCUAUCUUUAUGAAUGCAGCAAUACCAAUUGCAGCUGUGCUUAUAACAUUUGUGGUCCAUGCUCAUCUGACAAGAAAGGCUGACUUCUCUCCAUCUGUGGCAUUUGCCUCCCUCUCCCUAUUUCACAUUCUUGUGUCUCCAUUGUUCCUGCUCUCUAGUGUGGUUAGAUCCACUGUCAAAGCAUUAGUAAGUGUGCAGAAACUGAGUGAAUUCCUGUCAAGUGAUGAGAUUGAAGAACAUGAUAAAUGUCCAGAGCUAAGAAGUGCAGAUGCUCAGAGCAAAUAUCAGGCAGUGCCUCUCAAAGUGGUUAACCGCAAGAGGCCUGCCAGGGAGGAGUGGAACAAUUACACCUCUCACACAAGAAGACCAAUUAACAUCACAGAACCGGAUGAUUUUUGUGUAAAGAUUACGAACGGAUUUUUCACUUGGACACCUGAAGGUCCUCCAGCAUUGUCCAACAUUGAUAUCCGAAUCCCUCAAGGUCAGCUAACGAUGAUUGUAGGACAAGUUGGCUGUGGUAAGUCAUCUCUCUUGUUGGCCAUACUUGGUGAGAUGCAGAAGAUCUCUGGCAACGUAUCCUGGAGCAGCUGCACUUCUGACAGCGAGAUGGGGGAAGAUAUCAGCCCAGAGAAAGAAUCUGUUGAAAUGGAAUUCAGGAAAAGAGGAUCAGUAGCAUAUGCAUCACAGAAGCCUUGGCUGCUCAACGCCACAGUGGAAGAGAAUAUCACAUUUGAAAGCUCUUUCAACAAACAGAGGUACAAAGCAGUAAUUGAUGCUUGUUCCCUCCAGCCUGAUAUUGACAUUCUCCCUCACGGAGACCAAACCCAGAUUGGAGAGAGGGGUAUUAAUCUGUCUGGAGGGCAGCGCCAGCGUAUCAGUGUGGCAAGGGCACUGUACCAGCAGACAAAUGUUGUGUUCCUGGAUGAUCCAUUUUCUGCCCUGGAUAUUCACCUAAGUGACCAUCUCAUGCAAGAAGGAAUCCUGAAAAUGCUACGAGAAGACAAGCGUACAGUUGUGCUAGUGACCCACAAACUGCAGUACUUGCCCCAUGCUGAUUGGAUAAUAGCGAUGAAAGAUGGCUACAUCCAGAGAGAAGGAACACUCAAGGACAUACAGAAAUCUGAGACUGAGCUUUUUGAACACUGGAAGACACUAAUGAAUCGACAAGACCAAGAGCUGGAGAAGGAGACUACAAUUGAAACUAAAAAUGUUCUGGAAAGAACAAAUCUCCGGAGGACUAUGUAUUCCCGUGAAGCACUGUUGAAAGAUGAUGAAGAAGAUGAAGAAGAAGCAACGGAAAGCGAUGAUGAAGACAACCUGUCCUCUGUGCUACAUCAGAGAGCAAAGAUGCCUUGGAGAGCAUGUGGGAAGUACCUCAGUGCAGCAGGGAUUCUCCUCCUGCCACUGCUGGUUCUGUCCCAGCUGCUGAAGCACACGGUGAUGGUGGCCAUUGACUACUGCCUGGCACGCUGGACAUCAGAUGCCAUUUCUGAGAAGAUGGAGGUAGAGCUGAAAAACUGCUCUCACUGUGAGGUUUUCAACCACUCUCCAUAUUCAAAAAUUUUCAGCAUUCUCUGCUGCCUUGGGAUUGUGUUAUGUCUGGUCACAUCCAUAGCAGUAGAGUGGACUGGCUUGAAAGUCACCAAAAAGCUGCACGCUUCUUUAUUGAAUAAGAUUAUUUUGGCACCAAUGAGGUUUUUUGAAACAACACCUCUGGGAAGUAUAUUAAACAGAUUUUCAGCUGAUUGCAACACUAUUGACCAGCAUAUUCCUGCCACCCUGGAGUGUUUGAGUCGCUCCACUUUGCUGUGUGUAUCUGCUCUGGCUGUGAUUUCAUACGUCACACCAAUGUUUCUCAUUGCCCUGGUUCCCCUUGCAAUCAUGUGUUACUUCAUCCAGAAAUACUUCCGAGUUGCAUCACGGGACCUUCAGCAGCUGGAUGACAGCACUCAGCUCCCAUUACUUUCCCAUUUUUCAGAGACUGUUGAAGGCCUGACCACCAUCCGAGCCUUCAGAUAUGAAGCUAAAUUUCGACAGAAGCUUCUUGAAUACACAGAUUCCAACAACAUUGCUUCCCUUUUCCUUACAGCUGCUAAUCGCUGGCUGGAAGUCCGCAUGGAGUACAUUGGAGCAUGUGUGGUACUCAUAGCAGCUGUCACUUCUAUUACCAGUUGCCUGUAUAGUAAACUCUCUUCGGGACUUGUAGGCUUGGGACUAACCUAUGCUCUUAUGGUGUCUAACUAUCUGAAUUGGAUGGUUCGUAACCUGGCUGACAUGGAGAUCCAGCUGGGUGCAGUGAAAAGAAUCCAUGGCCUUCUCAAAACAGAAGCUGAAAAUUACGAAGGGCUUCUUUCGUCCUCACAGAUCCCUCAGAACUGGCCAGACAGAGGCGAGAUCCAAAUCCAGAACCUUAGUGUCCGAUAUGACAGCAACCUAAAGCCAGUGCUAAAGCAUGUCAAUGCUCAUAUUUCUCCAGGACAAAAGAUUGGGAUCUGCGGCCGAACAGGCAGUGGAAAAUCUUCCUUUUCUCUUGCAUUUUUCAGAAUGGUUGAUACUUUUGAGGGAAGGAUUAUCAUUGAUGGUAUAGAUAUCGCUAAGCUUCCCUUACAGACGUUGAGAUCCAGGCUGUCAAUCAUUCUCCAAGAUCCUAUUUUAUUCAGCGGAACAAUCCGGUUUAACUUGGACCCUGAGAAGAAGUGCACUGACAGCAUGCUGUGGGAAGCAUUGGAAAUAGCUCAGCUCAAGCAUGUGGUGAAGGCACUGCCUGGAGGCCUAGACGCUAUCGUGACAGAAGGGGGUGAAAACUUCAGCCAGGGCCAAAGGCAGCUGUUCUGCUUAGCGAGGGCUUUUGUGCGGAAGACCAGCAUCUUCAUCAUGGAUGAAGCCACAGCAUCUAUUGACAUGGCAACAGAGAACAUACUCCAGAAGGUGGUCAUGACUGCGUUUGCUGAUCGUACUGUGGUUACAAUAGCACACCGCGUGCACACGAUCCUGAAUGCAGAUUUGGUCAUUGUAAUGAAGAGAGGGCUUAUUUUGGAGUAUGACAAACCUGAGGUUCUGCUGGAACAAGAAGACAGUGUAUUUGCUUCUUUUGUACAAGCAGAUAAGUAAUUUAAAAAAAUGAAGCAUUUUAAAGUACAGUUGUAUUAUUCAUUUUCUAAAAAUGUAAAAUACCUAUAAAUGUAAAAAUGUAAAUACUAUUUCAUAAUAAAUCUGAACUUUUCCUUUUUUAAUGAAAUAAGCAAUGUCUCCACCUGAAGCAUUAAUAAAUUAUCCAUGUACCUUUCUUUUUUGUAUACUACUAUUCUUUUUUAUUUUGCUACCAAAGAAAUCAUGAAGUAUUGUUGACCAAACCUACACAGAUGAAAUAUGACAAGAUACACGUCAAACAGAAGCGUGGCCAGCAUGGAGCUCUUGUGCAACUCUUAAAUCUCUCUUGUCAUUUUGUUACUGUGUGAUUUUAUAUGCAUUGUAGCCCCACCAUAGAUAAUGCUUAUUAUUGACUAAAUGCAGAAGAAAAAAUAAUAUACCAAAGGUAUUUCUGGAAAGCUUAUUUGCUCUUUUAAUUAUAUGACUAUGUAAAGCUUUAAUAUCUAAAUAUAAAAUCUAUAAAACAUUUCAUUGUGGUUCGUUGAUACUACUUGUGUCUCUUGGUCUCUCCCUUAAUGUCUUUAAAAAAUUAAUCACAAUUUGAUUUCUUUAGGUUUUCCUAGGCUGCCUUGCACCUACCCCUAUUGAAUUAUAUUACACUGAUUCCCAAGGGCCAGACUCCCUCCCAAACAGCGAGGAAGCUAAGAGGAGGGAGGCUGUGAUGAAGUAUCAGUAUUUAAUGCACGCUAUUUCCAGAUACAGCAGUUAAUCUCUAAAUUAUCCCUCCAGAGAUGGUAAGCAAAAAGCAUUAAACCUUUCACUGUAGCUCAGAGCCCCGGGGACUUGACUCAUUCUCUGCUCCUUUCACAUACUUCGCCCACCGAUACUGUUUCUGCAUUCACUGUGAUCCUUACCUAUAAAUUAUGUAUACUUAAGAAAACUUGUAAUCACUGAAAUUAUCCUAGCUUAACUGGACAGCUGCUCCUGCCCUAUCACCUGACUGUAACAUUCAUUCUAGCAGUUAAAAUGGCAGUGUUGCAAUGAGAGAUUAAAAGGAAUUCUUCACUGGUAUUCUUUUCAUAGUAACUUUUGUUUCACAUCCUUUUUUGUCCUUUUCCCCUUUUUGAAGAGCUCAGCAUUUGGGAAGUGGAUUG